CAGUUAUCGAUAAAUAUUACAAUUGUUUUCUUUAUCGUGACGACGCUUCGGUAUUAAUAUUUUCGGAUCUCAUUACAUUUUUCACUUUGUAAAUUAUGCCACCCCCUAUUAAGAUUUUCGUUGGAAGUUUACCCCAAGGCUCAAAGCCGCAUGAAUUACGUAUGCUCUUCGAGGUGUAUGGUGUUGUGGUAGAGUGUGAUGUUAUGAAUCGUUGUGGCUUUGUGCAUAUGCAAACCAUUGAUAUGGCCAAAAAUGCCAUUGCAGCAUUAAAUGAUAGCGACUUUAAGGGACAGAAAAUUAUUGUCGAAGAAGGACGCCCAAAAAAUAAAGCAAUUACAGGUACUGUUGGAACCGAAAGUAAUCACAACAAUAUGAAUGAUAAUUUAAAAGGAUCAGGUAAUAAUAGAGGCUUUAACAAUAACAAUAAUAACCGUGGAAGAAAUAGAAAUUUCAAUGGCGGUUCUACACGAAAUAAUAAUUACAAACAACGCAGUGCACCAUAUACACAACAACCACCCAACAGAAAUAAUUUCACUGGUGAUCCUCAAAAAAAUGAUAGAUUUAAUAGAAAUCAAGGUGGCAAUUUUAAUCAAGGUCCACAAAUAAAUUUCAUGCGUAAUCAAGAUUCAAGGGCAGGUCCAGGUCCAACAAAUAAUCAAUUCGGCAAUAACAACAAUGCAACAACAGGAGGCUUUCGUAACCACAAAAAUGACAACAAUUUUGGUUCUAAUGCUAAUCAAAGAAACACAAACAAUGGUAAUGGUCAGUUCGGUAGAUCAGGUCGUCCAAAUCAUGCUAAUUUACAAGAUAGACGUGGUUUUGCUUUACCUAAUGCAAAUCAUCAGCAACAAAGUCAAUUUAAUAGUGGAAACGGUAAUCAAUUUAGCCGUGGUGGUAAUCAAUUUAAUGAUGGCAAUCCAAUCAAUAAUCCUAUGAGAAAUCCUAAUCAGUUUAGUCGUGGUAAUAAUCAAUUUAAUGAUGGCAAUCCGAACAAUAACCCGAUGAGAAAUGGUAAUCAGUUCAGUCGUGGUGGUAAUCAAUUAAAUGAAGGCAAUUCAACCAAAAAUCCAUUUCAACGAGUAGGUGUUAAUAUGGGCGGUGCAGCACCCAAUAAUAGUUUACAUGGUCAAAAUAUGUUCUCGCAACCACCAAAUUUACAAAACAAAAUGGGAACCAACAAUAAUUAUAGAAAUAAUCGUGGUGGUCCUUAUAAUCGAAAUCAAGGCGAUUUCAAUAACAGACGUGCCGGCGGCGGAACUGGUUUCAGCGGUGGUAGUGAUAGAAAUGGAAAUUCAUUCAAUCAAAACUUUCGAAAUAACAAUGCAGCCGGAAAUGGUAGAAAUAAUUUCCAGAAAAACUUUCCACAGCCGCCUAAUUCUCAAAAUUUUGGACUUGGAAAUUGAUUGAAGAAUUCUAAGUACCCAUUUGUGAAUGGAAUUCAACAUUUUUGAGAAUAUUUUCUAAAUAACACAUAAUUGUGUUAUAUAUUGU